AAAAAUAAGUAGAAUGAAGCUUUGCCAUUCCUACUAAAGUUUGUGGUGUACACAUAAAAACACUCAUGAACGCUGUAAGGAAAUAUAAGUAGGGUACGGUGAGCUCUAUGCAUUUGUCUUUACGUAUCUUUGCCUUCUCUGGGGUUUCGCCAGUAACUCGACACCAGGAAGACGUUUCCUUUGACGCACUUUGUGCGGAAUAGAUUUCGUUUAGCAUUUGUGUACUUGGAUUCAAACACACAGCACUUUAGUAUGUCUAGUGUUAUUUUUUCAGGAGUGGACAUCCGUUGUUUCGCACGUCCUCUGAGUCUAUUGUGAUUAGACAGAAACUUCCAUUAUCCAGAGUUCAGACCUGCCUUGGUAGGCGUAACUCUCCUUGGUAUAUUAACAAGUGUAAAGACCCUGUUGCCGCGUAAUCUCGGCAUCCUCACUAGGGAUCACAUCGAGGCACACACACUGGAUUGAGAACAUAUCAGACACAAACACGGCCGUUUUGGUUUACGGAGCAAGUCAAAGGUUUUCUAAGAUUUUGUCGCCAGUGAGAAGUCAAGAUGAGUUUCGGUGACCUGACUGAGCUCCUGGACAUCCUGGAGGAGCUGAACAUCACCAUCCAUGAUGAGAAUGAGAGCGUGUCUCACGUGGAGACGGAGCUGUGUCCCUACAGCUUCAGCCUCAACGCUGUGCUCUACUCCAUGUCCGUCAUGUACAUCUUCAUCUUCCUCAUCGGCCUGGCUGCCAACACCGUGGUGGUGUGGGUGAACCUCCGUGCCGGGAGGGACCGCUACGAGACGCACCUGUACAUCCUGAACCUGGCCAUAGCGGACCUGUGUGUGGUGGCCACUCUGCCCGUGUGGGUGAGCUCCCUGUUGCAGCAUGGCAACUGGCCCUUCGGGGGGGCCAUGUGUAAGAUCAUGCACCUGGUCUUCAGCGUGAACCUCUUCAGCAGCAUCUUCUUCCUCACUUGCAUGAGUGUGGACCGCUACCUCUCAGUGGCCCUGUUCGGCGACUCCAACAGCCGCAGGAAGAAGAUCAUGCGGAGGCUCAUCUGUGUGCUGGUCUGGCUCCUGGCCCUCGCCGCAUCUCUACCCGAGAGCUACUUUCUGGAUGCUGUGAAGUCCUCGCACUCCGAGCACACCCAGUGCAAGUCCACGUACCCUGGGGAACGGGAGUGGACGGUGGGCAUCCAGCUCAGCUUCAUGGUCCUCGGCUUUGCCAUCCCCUUCCCCAUCAUCUGCCUGUUCUACAUCCUCCUGGCCAGGGCCCUCUCGUCCUCCACUGACCCCGAGCGCCGCAUCAGCCGGAAGAUCAUCUUCACCUACAUCAUGGUCUUCCUCAUCUGCUGGCUGCCCUACCAUGGCGUGCUGCUGGUGGAGACCCUAGCCAUCCUCAACGUCCUGCCCUUCAGCUGUCGGCUGGACCACUUCCUGUCCGUGGCUCUGCAGCUCACUCAGUGUCUGUCGCUGGUGCACUGCUGCAUCAACCCCGUCAUCUACAACUUCAUCAACAAGAACUACCGCUACGACCUCAUGAAGGCCUUCAUCUUCAAGUACUCCACCAAGACCGGACUGGCCAAGCUCAUCGACGCCUCCCGGGUCUCUGAGACUGAGUACUCUGCGGUGGAUAAUCACGCUCCAUUGGGAAUGUGAGCGGUCCCCGUAAGAGACAGGACUAAUCUCAAACGCUUGAAGAAUUGACAUAAGUAUAAACUCUGUACAGUUAAAAAAGUCUUCUAUUUGUAUCAAACUAGAAGAUGCCAUGCCUUUCCUUUGUAAAUGGCUCCUUUUUGAUUCUGUCGCAUGUGGAUUAUUUAAACAGGUUUAGUUUUUCUGUCAGCAGUGACUGCUGAAAGGACUUUUAACAAAAGCACUUGAAAAGAGUUAAGGCUGAGUGUCUGUGUUUAGGCCACAGACUUGUGAAAAUGGCUCCUAAAUCCACAACCCCCCUCCCCCUCCCUAACCCCCCACAAACACACCUCCCCCAACUGGAACCAGACAGGACCUGAGACUCUGUGUCUGUUUAUCUGUAGCGCUCAAGACCACCAAGACUCCAUUAUCCACAUAUCCACCAAGAUUAUCCACAUGUUCUGGCCAACAGGCAGGACUGGGUUUACUUCUUUCAAUCAACUUUUCACAGACAAAUGACAAGAUGUCAAAUUGACUAAAAACCUACACAGACAACAGGAGCAAGAGAGGAUUGCUAUUAUGAAAUGUGCUGUUAUUUUGAAGUGAUUUUGUGAAUGUGACCCCAGGAAGCUCGAACAUAUCUGAUUAAAAAAAUAUAAUAUAUCCCAAAUUCGGGAUGAGUUUUGUAAAAGAGACAUAUAUGGUCAAACAGGUAUUGUCAGGCAAUAAUGUCUUGUGAGUAGUAUUACAGUGUACAUUUUGUAAAUAUGUCAUAUUUAUAUAUUCAUUUUAUAUAUUCUUUAUAUUAUGUAUUAUCAUGUUUUAAAUGUGAUAUUGCAAUAAAACGACUGCAUUAUCCAAAUACAUAUCAUAAUCAAAAGUGUUUUUGUCUGCUUUCUUUUGCCCAGAGAGGACAGAGAAAAUUAAUUUUCAUGUGUUUUUGCUGGUAUGUAUUUUAUCACGUUUUAAAAUAAACAUUUAUAGCCUUCAA